AUGUGUAUAAGAAUAGUCACGCUAGAUAUAGGAACUCUGGAUUAUUACGACAAAAACGUCAUAGAGGAAACUCUUAAGAGGCACAUACAAGAAACUCAUAGAUUGGGUUCCGUCAUGGUCACAGACGAUGAAUUUUCAUUUAGGGAUUUUGGAGCUUCACCGAGUCAUUACGAUCAAAAUUGCGGUCCUCAUCAGCUUCCGUGCAGAUCUGGAGAAUGUUUGGAUGCUAGCAAAAGAUGCGACGGCGUGAACGAUUGUUCAGACGGUUCAGACGAAAUGGGAUGCACGGCCGUUACAGCUCCCGUAACAACUAGCCAUCAUCGCGAUAUCUAUGGAAGUGAUCACGUGGAAGAAGAUCAUCAUAAGGGUACGACUCCGUCUGCUACUUUCACUACUACUUUUGCUCCUGCCACGACUACUACUACUACUACUACGACGACGACGACGACGACGUCAACCGGUUCAUCGCAUGCCCAUGCCGUAACAACAUCGGGUAGUUUUAUUGAAAACGUACCCGAUAGAUGUCGAGCGGAUGAUAAAGUUCGUUGUCCGGAUGGUACGGCAUUCAUAUGUAGAGAUCAAGUGUGCGACGGUGAUUUAGAUUGUAAUGACGGAUGGGACGAAUCAAAUUGUACAACGUCUUCUGCCACGGAAUGCAGCAGCGGAGAAUUUGUUUGUGACGUCACAAGAUGCAUACCAUCAUCGAAAAAAUGCGAUGGAAAUUACGAUUGCACGGAUCAAACGGAUGAAAGAGAUUGCGAAGGAGCUCAAUGCAGUCCGGAAGAAUUCAGGUGUAGAAGUGGUAAAUGCAUUGAACAUUUCAGAAGGUGCGAUCAUUACAGAGACUGUCCAGACGGUGAAGACGAAUACGAUUGCAGUAAACCGGAUGAAUUUACUUGCGGAGACGGAAGUUGCAUCGAUAUAAAUAAUAAAUGCGACGGAAAACCCGAUUGUUAUGAUUAUUCGGAUGAAAAUGAUUGUCAUCAAUCCCCGACGCCGUCGUCACCCGAUUCAGGUAGUGGACCUCGCGGGUUUGCGCGUGAAGAUUAUGAUUGUUUGGGGAGUUUGAUGAUAAAAAAAAUUACUAACGAAAAAAAAAUGAUUUUCUUUUCUUUUUAUUGGAAAAAAUUGUGGCGUGAACGUAUGGGAUCGUAUACAGGUUGCAGACCUGAUGAAUUCACUUGCGAAUACGGAGGGUGCAUCGAUCAAAGACUUCUUUGUGACGGUCAGGGAGAUUGUCCGAAUGAUGAUUCCGAUGAGUGGAGUUGUCCACCAUCGGAACCCACGGAAUCAACAACAUGUCGUCCGGAUGAAUUUACUUGUGAUUAUGGCGGUUGCAUUGAUCACCGUGAAAGAUGUGAUGGGAAAGUUGAUUGUCCAAAUGAUGAUUCGGACGAAAGAAAUUGCGUCGCGGUUACAUGUGCUCGAGACGAAUUCAAAUGCCACGACGAAUCGAGAUGCGUUCCAUCUUCGAGAGUAUGCGACGGAGUACACGAUUGUUCUGAUAGAUCGGACGAAGAAAAUUGUCAACAACCGCCUCCUCAACCUCCCGUAUUGCCAUCUUGUUCGGGAGAUCAAUUCUCGUGCGGUGACGGAAUGUGUUUGGAAAGAGAUCAAAGAUGUAACGGAUAUCCGGAAUGUAGAGACGGAAGUGACGAAAGGGAUUGUCCUCCGCCGCCACCACCUCGUACUUGUGGUUCUCAUCAAUUUCAAUGCAGCAACGGUAUGUGUAUCGAUUUAUCGAGGAAAUGCGAUGGAGUACCCGAUUGCAGUGAUAGAAGCGACGAAGUUUCUUACACGACAACGAGACCGCCUUGCAGCAAUUCAGAAUUUACAUGUCAAGAUGGAGCUUGCAUACCUUCGACCUAUGUUUGCGAUUCGGUACCCGAUUGUUCAGAUAGAUCCGAUGAAAUUAACUGUCCCGGUCUUUGCGCCGAUGAAGAUUUCAAAUGCGAAGAUGGUUCGUGCGUGGCUUCGUCAAAAAGAUGUGACGGUCACCAAGAUUGUCGCGACGGAAGUGACGAAGUACACUGCGAGAGCAAAACAAGAUGCGGAACAAAACAGUGGCAAUGUCGAUCAGGAUUUUGUAUCAGUCUCAAAAGUAAAUGCGAUCAACGAAUCGAUUGUCCCGAUGGUAGCGACGAAAAAAAUUGCACCGAUUAUAACGAAUCAAGCUGCAAAGCUGAUCAAUUCCAAUGUAAUAACGGUUUUUGCAUACCGAAUUAUUAUCUUUGUGACGAUUAUUCGGAUUGCACUGAUGGUUCGGACGAAGCUAACUGUGCCGGUGGUGGACCCGGAGGAGCCGGUGGACCCGGUGGAGCUGGCGGACCCGGUGGAGUCGGUUGUUCGGAACACGAAUUCACUUGCGGUGAUGGUAUGUGCGUGCCAUCAUCUGCUAAAUGUAACAGAGUGCACGAUUGCAACGACGGAUCCGACGAAGCCGAUUGUUUCCCACCCGAUUUGAGGCCAUGCAGUCACAACGAAUUCACUUGCGAUGACGGUCAGUGCGUGGAAAGGAAUAGAAAAUGCGAUGGAGCUUACGAUUGCAGAGACGGUUCGGACGAAAAGAAAUGCAGUUAUUGUUUGCCUAACGAAUGGUUUUGUGACACUCAGGGUUGCAUCAGCCUUAAUCGCAGGUGUGACAACAUAUACGAUUGUAGGGAUUUCUCAGACGAACAAAAUUGUAUCGGUUGCGAACCGCACGAAUUUAAAUGUAACACGGGUGAUUGCGUUUCCGGUUCUUCACGUUGCAACGGAGUACGAGAUUGUUUGGACGGUUCAGACGAAGAAAAUUGUUAUCCAGGACCCGUGACGUGUAAUUUUGGACAAUUCGCAUGUCAUUCCGGUGAUCAAUGCAUACCGCAAAGUUCGAGGUGUGACGGUCACUACCAGUGUCGCGAUUAUUCGGACGAACUCAAUUGCGGUGAAGGACCUUGUAAACCUGACGAAUUCCGGUGCGAAAAUGGACCGUGCAUACCUUUAUCUCUCAGGUGUAACGGUCAAAAUGAUUGUCCGUACGACAUAUCCGAUGAAUUAGAUUGUCCUCGUCCUCCGCCGAGAGAAGAACUUAAAUUGGUCACAUAUCCGAACAGUCAAAUAAUAAGAGAAGGUCGCGAAGUUGUCUUCCAAUGCAGAGACGAAGGACCCAUACGUGCCAAAGUCAAAUGGAUGAGAGAAGGAGGACCACUACCACCGGGUUCGAUAGAUUUCAACGGUCGUUUGGAAAUACCAAACAUACAAAGAACUCAAGCCGGUGUGUACACGUGCGAAGCACCGGAUUAUCCCCCAUCACAUCCCGGACAAAAAGUCAACGUCGUACUUAAAGUCGAAGCAUAUAAUGAACCUUCGACUCGUCAACCAGCUUGUAAAAAUCAUCAGGCAACUUGUUCCAACGGGGAAUGCAUAAACAAAGCACAAGUUUGCGAUGGAAGACACGAUUGCACGGAUGGUUCGGACGAACUUCGAUGCAGUCUUCACGGAUGCGAACCCAACGAAUUCAGGUGUAACAAUAAGAAGUGCGUGUCGAAAGCGUGGAGGUGCGAUUUCGAUGACGAUUGCGGUGAUGGUUCCGAUGAAGAAAAUUGUCACGUCGUGUCACCCGGAGGAGUUUGUCAACCCAACGAAUACGCAUGUCGCUCCGGUACUCAAUGCAUUCCAAAAUCGUACGAAUGUGACGGAGAAUUCGAUUGUCAAGAUGGAAGCGAUGAAAGUCAAUGUUCAAAACCGAAGGUUAUCAUUCCACCACCGGCAGAAGUGAAAUUAGAUUGCGGAGUCGGUAUGACAUUUACUAUCAAUUGCACGGCCAUAGGUGGUCCCGUACCGGAAAUUUCGUGGAGGCGAAACUGGGGUCACGUUCCGAGCAAAUGUACUCAAACUUCAAAAGAUGGUUUUGGUAUCCUUACUUGCGUCGAUAUCAGAGAAGAAGAUCAAGGAGCUUACAGUUGCGAAGCCCUCAACACCCGUGGAGCCGAUCUUGCCGUACCGGAUACGAAUUUAAUGUGUACCGAAAAAUCAUCUCCCACGGUUUGCCCGUUGGGAACGUUCAAUUCGGCCGCACAAAGAACCGAAGAAUGUCUCAAUUGUUUCGGUUUCGGUAGAGCAUUAUCGUGCAAGAGUGCCGAAUUGUACAUUUACGAAAUUCCAGCUCCAUUAACGCAAUAUAAAUUGAUCGGUGUGAAAACAUCUCCAGAUGGUUCGGUCGAAAUAAGGCCUCACAUAACAUUUAGAUCCAUGGCACCGAGCAUAAGACCGGUGACUAACGGUUUCCAAUUAUUCUCGAGAGCAACACCCGAUGAAUCCGAAUUUGGAGAACACGUCAUACCAUAUUUCGUAAUGCCGGAUGCCUUCAGAGGAAAUCAAUUAAAAUCUUACGGUGGUCAUUUUAAAUACACGCUCAUGUUUGACGGUAAUGGUAGACCCAUCAUCGCACCUGACGUCAUCAUAACGGGUCGAAACGGCGAAGUUAUGGUAUAUCAUCCUCCCAGUCCUCAUCAUCCUGGUCAUUCCAAUGCCAAAGAUGUUUCUAUUCGAUUCUGGCCGGGAUCUUGGAAAAAGCAAACAUCCAGAGGUGAAUUGAUAGCCAUAAGAGAAGACAUAAUGAACAUAUUGGCCGACAUCGAUAGCAUCCUCAUACGAGCUCAAUACUUAGAUGGGGAUGUUUUGGAUACGACAGUUUCAAAUGUACGACUGGAAUCUGCUGGACCGAGAGAUUCCGGACUUGGAAAAUCUAAUUUUGUUGAAAAAUGUCACUGUCCAGUCGGUUACGUCGGAUUUUCUUGCGAGGACUGCGCACCUGGAUACGAAAGAAGACCCGGUUCAGAUAGAUGGCGAGGAGAAUGCGUUAGAGAAGUGAUAACAUGUCCUGCUGGAAUGUACGGUGAUCCUAGUAGAAACAUUCCAUGUCAAAUAUGUCCUUGCCCGUUGACGAAUCCAUCGAACCAGUUCGGUCGCACCUGUCAUUUAGAUGCUGACGGUCAAGUCACGUGCGAUUGUCCUCCUGGUUACGUUGGUAGAAGAUGCGAAAGAUGCGAUGCUGGUUUUGCUGGUAAUCCGAACAUUCCCGGAGACUCUUGCAAGAGUGAUAUAUGCGAUCCGAGCGGAAGUCUUUCUCCAUCUCCAAAUCCUAGUACUGGACUUUGCGAAUGCAAGGAUUUCGCGACCGGACCUACUUGUAAUCAAUGCAAGGCAAACACAUUCUUUUUGAAUUCUAAAAACGUACUCGGUUGCAUUAGUUGUUUCUGUUCUGGAGUGACCGGUCAAUGUGACAGUUCGAGAUGGUACAGGCAACAAGUGAUGGCUUCGUUUGCAAGAGAUACUCAAGGUUUCAAACUUCAAGAAUACUCUACGGGAGCUUUUCUCGAUUCCGGCAUUCAUUUCGAUGCCACGGAAAAAGAAUUAGUUUAUCAAGAUUUUAACAGGCGUCCACCGGAAGUUUAUUACUGGGUCCUACCACCGGCGUUUUUGGGUAACAAAGUGACAUCUUACGGCGGAUACCUUAACUACACAGUUAGAUUUACAACGGUCGAAGGUGGCGCACUCUCGAAAAAUAACGCGCCAGAUGUAGAAUUGAUAAGUGAUAACGACAUCAGACUCCUUUAUUUCAAUCCAAACGAUCGAUUGGUCGUUAACGAACCUCAAACCGUUGCUGUACCAUUGAUGGAACAAUACUGGCAAAGACACGAUGGCAAACCGGCAAACAGAGAACAUUUGAUAAUGGCUUUGGCCGAUUUGAAAAACAUUCUUAUAAAAGCAACUUAUACAACCAUAACGAAACAAGCAUCCUUGGUCAGAGUCAGUUUGGAUAUCGCCGAAGAAAGGAAUACAGGACAAGAAAGAGCGUUUGAAGUCGAACAUUGUCAAUGUCCAGUCGGUUACCGUGGUUUAUCUUGCGAAGAUUGUGACAUAGGUUACACGAGAACCGAAGAAGGAUUGUAUUUGGGAACCUGCGAACCUUGUUCUUGCAACGGACACAGUAACGAAUGCGAUCCCGAAACCGGAACUUGCACCAAUUGCAGGCACGGUACGACCGGUGAAAAUUGUGACGAAUGUCAACCGGGAUACGCAGGAGAUCCCCUGUCAAGCGAAGGUUGUUAUUUGGCUGGUGAAAGCAUUUCUUGCAAUUGCGAUUCAAGAGGAAGUUUCAGAACUGAUUGUCCAGGAGGACAAUGCGUGUGCAAAGCAAACGUCGAAGGUUUCAAAUGCGAUCAAUGUAAAUUCGGUUCGUUUGGUUUAUCCGAAGAAAAUCCCGAAGGUUGUCACAAAUGUUUUUGCUCGGGUGUUACCGAAGAUUGUCAGUCUUCUAAUCUUUACGUCACUCAAAUCCCCAUGCAGGUAUUAGAAGGUAUCGACAAUCAUUUCACUUUGUCCGACAGUUCUCGCCGAAACGUGAUAAAAUCAGGUUUUAGUUUGAACAGUGCAGAAAACGAAAUCGGAUUUCAAUUUCCACCGGGAAGAACUCAACAUUUGUUCUGGACUCUUCCACCGGUCUUUACCGGAAACAAGGUUGCUUCUUACGGAGGACAUCUUACUUUGACUCAAAGAUUUGAAACGACUUACGCAUCAAGGCCCAGCACGGACAAAGACGUUAUUUUAAUCGGUAACGGUGUUACAUUGUUCUGGAACAAUCCGGAACAACUUUCGUCCAAUGCAACUCAGGUCAUUUCGAUUCCGCUGAGGGAAAGAGAUUGGAAAAGACAAGAGAAUUUCGGUUUCAGACCAGCAUCCAGAUCGGAUUUGAUGUCCGUUUUAUCUAAUCUCGAAGCCAUUUUGGUUUUGGCAACCCCCUACAAUCAACUUCAUUCGACUUAUUUGAGUGACAUAGCCAUGGAUACGGCCGUGUCACAUUUCAGCGGUGACGAUAGAAAAUCAACGGACGUCGAAAUAUGCAGGUGUCCACCCGGUUACGAAGGAAUGUCUUGCGAGGUUUGCCAACCUGGAUACUACCGAGACGUGUACGAUAGAUCAUCGCCAACGGCUUUUGGAAUGUGUAAGAAAUGCCCGUGUCACAACCACGAAGAAAGUUGCGUUUUGGAGGGAGACGGAAGAGUUUUAUGCAGUUGCAAACAAGGUUACACCGGAAGAUACUGCGAGAUGGCAGGUAUGCUAAAAAUAAUGAUCACGCCUACUAGAGUUUCAAAAAGACCGGUAGGCUAUGAGCAAAGUUUUCUAUGCGAAUACGAGAGUAGCGAAGAAAUGACGAUUAAAUUCAGCUUACCAAACAUCUCUCAUCCGGAUACUUAUUUUAAGAAAGCCAACUACGAAGAAGAUCAUUUCGAAAUGUACGCAUACGGGGGUCAAAGAGAAAUGAUCGUUCGUUUGUUUCCGGAAAUUAAACUCGUCGAUUGCAUCCUUUUUAAUCGAGAUGGUGUCGAAGUAGGGAAAGUAACUGCGAUGAUCGCUGGCACAGGAACUCCGGAACGUCCAACGGAACCGUCCAAGCCUUUACAACCUGUCACACCAUCGUUGAACGUUACAAUUGCCGAACCUGCCAUACAAGUUAUUGAAGUUGGUGGCACUGCGAGAUUUAGAUGCGUUGGAGAAUCAUCCGAACCUGGACGUCCAGUCAACAUUCGUUGGUAUAAAGAAGAUGGAGAUUUGCCAUACGGUAGAUACAUAGAAGAUAGAGAUGGUUUGUUGGUGAUACACACGGCGGAAGUUUCAGAUUCCGGUACCUACAUAUGUGACGCAUCGGAUGGAUACACGACGGAAACGAGUCGUGCCACUUUAGUUGUUGGAGGUUCUCCUCAUUCGAGACCUCAAGUUACCAUACAUCCGAGAGUGACGGAAGUGAGAGAAGGCGAACCCGUUGAAAUAAAAUGUACCGCAACCGGAAAUCCGGCACCAACGCUAAGAUGGAAUUCCGCUAGCAGAGAACCCCUCAGCCCCGAUGUUACUUUCUACGAUGGCGUCGUUUACAUUCCAAGAGUCAGAUUGGCAGAUGCUGGAAAUUAUAUUUGCACUGCGUCAAACGUUGCCGGACAAGAUAGUCAAGAAGCCAUGUUGGUCGUUAGAGGAAGAGAACCCGGUCCACCGGAAACCAAAGUUAGAGUUAGCAUCAGUCCGCAAGAAUAUAACGGACCCGGAAGGGAAACUGUCAACUUUUACUGUCAAGCACCGAGAGGUUACACUCUUAGAUGGACACGAGACGGAAGAGAAUUGCCACCGAAUUCGUCUGUACGAGAAGGAAUAUUAACUUUAUACGAUGUCUCACCUUCCGAUUCGGGAGUCUACAUGUGCAGUGCAUACGAUCAAUCCGGAAGACAAGCUGGUGAAUCGGUUGCACGCAUUUCCGUUUACUCCACUGGUGCUCCUCCAAUCGUACAAAUUGAUCCUGAGAGAUUAACCGUCGCGCAAGGUACCACGGCAGAAUUGCAUUGUAACGCAAGAGGAGAACCACAGCCGAAAGUACGAUGGACAAGAGUCGGACAAGAUUUAGGAGACAAUGCUCGAGAUUACGGUGGAUUGUUGAGAAUAGAAAACGCUAUGAUGAAAGAUAGAGGUACUUACUUGUGCAUUGCUGAUUCACCCACGGGUUCCGCACAGGCUUCUGCAUUUGUUGACAUCGAAAGAAGAGAACCUCCGGCUGUGGAAUUGUAUCCUGCCGCCAGUCAAACCGUACACGAAGGUGGAAGUUUGAUACUGCAAUGUAGGGUCACGCAAGGAGACCCCACACCUCAAAUCAGAUGGUCUAAAUCUGAUGGAAGGUCUCUCGGUUCGAAUAUCGAAGAAUUACCAAACGGAGUUUUAAGGUUUUCUGAUAUGAAAUUGGAAGAUGCAGGACAAUUCAUUUGCCGUGCUGAAAACAGUGCCGGAAGUGUAGACGCGAUUGCCAGUAUUGAAGUACAAUCGAAACCGGUCAUAACAAUAACUCCAUCCAACGAUGUUUCCGUUGUGGAAGGACAAAGAGUUAAAUUGGAAUGUAGAGCUACUGGGUCUCCGACACCAAGCGUUUCAUGGUCUAAGACUAGUUACAGAGAACAUCCAUUCAGCGUAAGCAUAACCGAAGGUCAACCUAUGGCAGCCGUACACGAAAUAACGAGAGUAAGCAAAGCAGACGAAGGAUCUUAUUCUUGUAUAGCGAUCAAUUCGGCUGGAACGACGGAAGAAAGGCUCAUGCUCAGAGUCGAAUUGGACAAUAACAUCGGACCCACUAGAGGAGAUAUCGCGUCUGGAGGUGGCGACGCAUACGGGCAAUCGAGACAUCCGUACCAACCGGAAGACAGGAGAGGAUCGUACCAUCCUGAUUACCGUAGACCGAAUGACAGAAGAGGUUCUUACCGUCCCGAUCAUGAAAGGCCACAACCCGACGACAGACAUAGAGGCUCUCACUAUCCCGAACCCUUCAGACCGGACGAAAAUAGAGGAUCGCAUUAUCCGGAAGACAGAAGAGGUUCUCACUAUCCCGAACAUCAAAGGCCACCGUAUCAACCGGAAGAUUUCAGACGUCCGCGACCUCCUUAUUCUCAUCCUUCUUCUGACGAUGCUUACUCUGUCCCUAUCGGCGGAAGAGCGGAAAUCAGAUGCAGAGCUGAAAAUCUAGGACCUGGAGAAUUUUUAGAUUGGAUACGUGCCGGUAACGCUCCUCUACCAGCAGGAUCGAGAGUCGAAAACGGAACAUUAUACAUAGAAAACGUACAAUCUGACUACGCUGGCGAAUAUCAAUGCAUCGGACUUAACAAUCUCGGACAAGUACUUUUUACCGCGAAAGCUAAUUUGGCCGUUGUAGCUCCUCCGAGAAUCACUUUGGUACCCAUACGACAAGUUGUAAGACUCGGUGACAGUGCUUACACGACAUGUUCGGCAACCGGAGACGAACCCAUAACCAUCGAAUGGUCAGCCGUGAAUCGUAGACUUCCGGAUAGCGCUUACGUCAACGGUGGAGUCCUUAAUUUCAGAUCGAUUUCCGUACAAGAUGCUGGAAAAUAUUUAUGCAGGGCCGUAAAUUAUGCCGGAGAGGCCGAAGCCAUAGCCGAAGUAGAAGUUUUAGCAUCGGAAUCGGGUGCCUCGAUAAUGGCGGCCGAACCGGAUGUUACGGCAAGAGUGGGUUCAUCGGUAACAUUAAAUUGUUACGUACAUCCUGACGGUUCCGGUCAUACUCCUCACGUCGAAUGGACCAAAGAAGGAGGAUAUCCUCUUCCGCAAAAUGCUUUCCCAAGAGGAGAAAUGCUUCAAAUAGUCGACGUGAGUCCCUCGGACGAAGGACGUUACUCCUGCCAGAUAUCGACUCCUUCGGGAAUACAAAGCGAUUACGUUUACCUCCGAGUCGACAACACCCCAAAUGCCUACUUGAAGAUCGAACCGAGUUCACCGAAUGUUAAAGAAGGUGAAGUUCUGGAAUUGAGAUGCAUAGCAAGCGGUGGAGUACCAUCAUCGUCGUUGGUAUGGACUAAAGUGGAUGGAAAUUUCGAAAGUAACGUUCAAUCUUUCGGAAACGUUUUAAGAAUCGUUGAUGCCCGUUUAGAGAACGAUGGAGUUUACAGAUGCAAAACUCAAAGUCCGCAAAAUAUACGUCACGAAGAUUAUGUCGUAACCGUUUUAAAUGAUGUUAACGCACAUGAUAAACUCGGAGAAAUACAAACGUCGCAAUAUGGUAAAACCGUUGAAUUGGAAUGUAAAACGGAUUUGCCACCCCCGGUAUCGUUUUCAUGGCAAAAACAAAAUGGAGCGUUACCGAAAGAUUCGUACAUAAAAGAACGCUCUUUGGUAAUAACAGACGUUAAAGCUCACGAUGCCGGAACUUAUGUUUGCAUGGCUCAAAAUGCACAGACAAAAGUUGACAUACCGGUAACGUUGAUCGUCACGGGUGUUGUACCACAUUUCCCACAGGCACCGAGUAGUUACAUGGUUUUCCCAACUCUUCCCGAUGCAUAUUUAAAUUUCGAUAUCGAAGUUUCUUUUAAACCGGAAGAUAGCAAUGGUUUGAUUUUGUACAAUGGACAACAGAAAGGAGGAAGCGGUGAUUUCGUAUCUUUGGGUCUCAAUGACGGUUACGUAGAAUUUAAAUUUGACGUCGGUUCCGGUACAGCAACAAUUAAAAACGACAGACCGGUUUCGUUGGGACGUUGGCACACUGUUAAAUUGACAAGAUCUAGAAAGGAUGGAAUCAUGUACGUCGAUGACGAAGGUCCUUUCACAGGUUCGACAACUGGUACAUUCCAAGGAUUGGACUUGGUCGAACCAUUAUACGUCGGAGGAGUAUCUAAUUUUAAUAACAUUCACCGAUCGGUUGGCUACACGAAAGGUUUAGUCGGUUGCAUAAGCAGAAUGAAAAUAGGAAGUGCAGAACUUGAUUUGGUUAAAGAUGCAACGUUUUCCGAGGGUAUAACAACCUGCGAAACAUGCGCCGAACACAAAUGUAGAAACGGUGGAGUUUGUCAAGAGGCACCGACGAAAGAAGGAUACGCAUGUAUAUGCCCAUCGGGAUUCAACGGAGAUAAUUGCGACAAAGUUGGAGAAAAUUGUUUUUACGGAGCUUGCGGCGAAGGGAAAUGCAUGGAAAAAGAAAAUGGAAUUCAUUGUAAGUGCCCACUCGGAAAAGAAGGAAAACGUUGCGAAAAUGAUGUCGAAGUCAUCGUACCAUCUUUUGCCAACAACGCAUACGUCGCGUAUCCGACUCCAAAAGCUUUGAGAAAGUUUAAGGUUUCGAUGAAAGCAAAACCUCAAGAUUUAAGAGACGGUUUAAUCAUGUACUGCGGAAGUGACGAAGAAGGUUUAAGAGAUUUUGUUGCUGUUGCAAUGAAAGAUGGAGGAGUUGAAUUUUCAUACAAAAACGAAUCAGGUCCCACCAAAUUGAGAGUGGAUAACUUUUUCGGUGAAAACGAAUGGAUAACGAUAAACGCAUUGAGAGAUUUCAAAGAGGGUAGAUUAUCCGUUAAAGCCGGUGAAGAUGAAAGAGAAGUGUCUGAUACGAGAUCGAGGAAUCCAAUGCUUAAUCUUAAAACUUUGCUCUACGUCGGUGGUUACGACGAAGAAAAAAUUAACGUUUCCCCAUAUGUGGGAGUUAAAAACGGUUUUAGCGGUUGCGUUUCGAAUGUUCAAGUUUCCGGUUUAGAUUUAGAUUUUAAAAAAUCUGCCGUGGAUUCUGCAAACGUAGGAAAUUGUCCAGGUCCGAUACCGGAGGGUUUUCUUAAUGGUUUCGGACGAACUCACAGCCACGGUCUGGGACAUGGAUUUAUGAACGGUAAUGGACAUGGUAACGGUCAUGGUAACGGUCAUAGUAACGGUCAUGGCAACGGACAUGGUAACGAUCACGGACAUGGACACGGACACGGACACGGUCAUAUGUCCGAAAGUAUGAACGGACACGGUAACGGUCACGGAAGCGGUCAUCAUCAAAGAGUUUCAGUUUGCGGAAGUCACAACCCUUGCAUAAAUGGCGGAAUGUGUUAUCCGGAAGGCGACAGUUAUUCCUGUUCCUGUCCCGAAGGAUACACGGGAAGACAUUGUGAAACACAAAUCGGAUUAUGUUUCACUUUGAAGCCCUGUAAGAACAACGGACUGUGCACGGGUACGGAAACAACAUAUCACUGUCAGUGUACCUUUGGAUUCACGGGACCCACUUGCGAAGAACGUCUUGACGUAUCGGCUUCCGUCGGUUUUCGCGGUGACGGUUACAUAGAAUUAAGACAAGAUUUGGCGGGAGAAAAAUCACAGGAAGCUAAUAACAUAGUCAUUGAAUUUUCCACAACGGAAGAUGGUCUCCUUUACUGGCACGGACAAGAAGCUCGUCAAAACGGUUACGGACAAGAUUAUCUGGCCGUAGCAGUUGUCGAUGGAUAUUUGGAAAUGAGUUACGAAUUGGGUUCCGGUUCCGUACACAUAAGAAGCGAUAAAAAAGUGACGGACGGUAAAAGACACAGAGCAGUACUUACGAGAAAUGCCAAAGAAGGAAGGUUGGAAGUGGACAACAAUGGGGAAAUUAAAUACGUCGAAUCGAGCGGACAUUUAACGUCAUUAAACACAGCCGGAAAUAUAUACAUAGGAGGAUUACCAAAUUUUGAACGUAUGACGUCAGGUUUAUACACUCGAGGACUCAAUGGUUGUAUUCAUUCAUUGAAAAUCGGUGGUUCUCCGGUUAAUUUCAAUAAUACAGUAUUGUCUUCUAAAAACGUACACGAAUGUUCAAAGUAA